AUGCCCCCGGCGUGGCACACAAGGGCUGCAGCUCACAGGGCUGUGCCACACUCGGCGGCCGAGAGGUACCUGGAGCUGUGCCCGGAGAGAGGCUGUGAGACCGCUGGUGAGGCUGUGGUGGCGGCGGGCACUGCCGCAGUGGGCCCGGCGCAGUGUCCAGUGGUCGUUUGGCAGGCUGGGUGGUUUAGUGUCAAAGCUGAGCUCUCACGUUUAAUCAAAGCUUUUUUUCCAGGUAUUGAAAUUGCAAAGAGCAAAGGAGCAAGAUACAGGCUUGGUCCAGAGCUUGAAAUUUGUGGUUAUGGCUGCUCAGAUCACUAUUACGAGUCUGAUACGCUUUUGCAUUCGUUUCAAGUUCUGGCAAAGCUUUUGGAGUCUCCAGCUACUCAAGAUAUUAUCUGUGAUGUGGGAAUGCCUGUUAUGCACAGAAAUGUUCGCUACAAUUGUCGAGUGAUCUUUUUAAACAAAAAAAUUCUUCUGAUCAGACCAAAAAUAACAUUGGCAAAUGCAGGAAACUACAGGGAGUUUCGAUGGUUUACCCCAUGGAACAAAGCAAGGCAUGUGGAGGAAUAUUUCCUACCCAGGAUAAUUCAGGAAGUGACAGGACAGGAAACUGUUCCUUUUGGGGAUGCAGUGCUAGCAACCAAAGAUACCUGCCUAGGGGCAGAAAUAUGUGAAGAACUCUGGGCCCCAAACAGCCCUCAUAUUGAAAUGGGACUUGACGGGGUGGAAAUUUUCACUAACUCUUCGGGGAGUCAUCAUGUGCUGCGGAAGGCUCACACCCGGGUGGAUUUAGUGAAUUCUGCCACAGCAAAGAAUGGUGGAAUAUACAUUUUAGCUAACCAGAAGGGCUGUGAUGGUGAUCGUCUGUAUUACGAUGGCUGUGCCAUGAUUUCUGUGAAUGGAGACACAGUUGUACAAGGAUCUCAAUUUUCUCUUGAUGAUGUGGAAGUGCUGGUUGCCACACUGGAUUUAGAAGAUGUUCGAAGUUACAGAGCAGAGAUGUCAUCUCGUAACUUAGCGGCAAGUAAAGUGAGUCCCUAUCCCAGGGUAAAAGUGAAUUUCGCUCUGUCGUGUUCUGAUGAUGUAGCUGCACCUACUUGUAUGCCAAUUCAGUGGAGACAUCAUAGUCCUGAGGAAGAGAUCUGCCUUGGCCCUGCGUGUUGGCUUUGGGACUACUUAAGGCGCAGCAAACAGGCAGGAUUUCUUCUACCUCUUAGUGGUGGAAUUGACAGCUCUGCUACAGCUUGCAUAGUAUAUUCCAUGUGUCACCAGGUUUGCCUGGCAGUCAAGAACGGAAAUGCAGAGGUGCUGGCUGAUGCGCGUAAGAUUGUGAAUGAUGAGACUUAUGUCCCUGAGGAUCCUCGAGAAUUUUGCAGGCGUAUCUUCACCACUUGCUAUAUGGCUAGUGAGAACUCCUCCCAGGAUACCUGCAACAGAGCUAAACUUCUGGCUGAGCAAAUAGGCAGCUAUCACAUCAAUCUGAACAUAGAUGUGGCUGUGAAAGCUAUUGUGGGAAUUUUCAGCAUGGUGACAGGUCGAAGUCCCCGUUUUUCUGUCUACGGAGGGAGCAGCAGAGAAAAUCUGGCACUCCAGAAUGUGCAGGCUAGAAUAAGAAUGGUCCUUGCCUAUCUGUUUGCUCAGUUGACCCUUUGGACUCGUGGGAUGCCAGGGGGACUUCUGGUGCUAGGAUCAUCCAAUGUGGAUGAAAGUCUCCGAGGUUACUUGACAAAGUAUGAUUGUUCAAGUGCUGAUAUCAAUCCAAUUGGUGGAAUCAGCAAGAGUGAUCUGAAAAACUUCAUACAAUAUUGCAUUGAAAAUUUUCAGCUCACAUCCCUCAGGAGUAUAAUGUCAGCUCCUCCUACUGCAGAGUUAGAGCCCUUGGUGGAUGGACAGUUGUCUCAAACUGAUGAGGCAGAUAUGGGGAUGACGUAUGCAGAGCUCUCUGUCUAUGGCAAAUUAAGAAAAAUUGCAAAGGCUGGACCAUACAGUAUGUUCUGUAAGCUGAUUAAUAUCUGGAAGGAGAUCAGUACUCCAAGAGAGGUGGCAUCAAAGGUUAAGCAUUUCUUCAGGAUGUAUUCCGUUAAUAGGCAUAAAAUGACCACUCUCACUCCUGCCUACCAUGCUGAAAACUACAGUCCGGAUGACAACAGAUUUGACCUGAGGCCUUUCCUUUAUAACACUACAUGGUCCUGGCAAUUUAGGUGUAUAGAUAAACAGGUGUUCAAUCUAGAAAGGAAGGAAGGAGUAUCUCACGUUGAAGAUGUGGACUGAUUGUUCUUUCAUUUAAUAUGGUAAUUAAUUUGAUAAACAAAAUGUUCAAAAGUGGAGUAUCCUGUGAUGAUGAGCAGUUACCCAAACAUGUUGAGAUGACCUUUGCAAACAAUAUUUGUAACCCUAAUCAAGUCCUUUUUUUUUAAAUUGAUGACUCUGAUUUGUUCCCAGUACACUUGAAGCCUAGUUUGGCUAGAGUCAUUCAUUAAAGAUUGGCUUCAACUACUUGAAUUAAUUGCCAUUAAUUGAAAAUAUUUGGACAAGCCAUCAAUCAUAAAUAAAUACAGAGAAAUCUUCAUUGUGAAAGUAUAUACAUGCACAGAUAUUUAGUUUGACUGGAUCAAAUAAUAGUCUAGGUAUGAUUUUUUUUUGAGUAACAUGUUCAAUGCAAAGCAUAGAAUUUUACUGUUUCUGGCACAUGCUGUUGAGAAAAAAAAUCUCAUUUUACUGUGUAAUGAAGUUGUUUUAUGUUAAUUGAUGCCAUAUUUUACAUGUUUUUUUAAUCUAUCUAGUAUCAGCUAUGUAAACUAAUCCAGCAUUUUGAAUAGCAGCAUAAGUUCUAAUUCAGCAAGGUAUUGGAACAAGGUAUGUCUAAUGUGAAAUAUGAGUAGUAACCUUAAAGUUAAGGGGAUUCCAAAUUGCAGUUCAGUUUCUUGUUGUGCACCUACUUGCUGUGUAACUUGUGGCAAUUUGUUUUAUAACCUCUGACCUCAUUUUUUCCGAGAGGAAUAAUGCCCGUUUCAUAAGGAUGUUCAAGGAUUGUUUAACGGUUACUGUCCUCAAAGAUUCUCAGCUGAAUUUUAAGGAUUUUAAAGGAUUAUAAAUAACAUGAACACAGUGUCUCUUCCCGCCUGGCUUUUUUGAUGCAUAAGGAUAGGUUGGUGUACCUAAAAUAUGAAAUGUUUUCUGGUGCAUGAUAUCCUCAAUAGAGAGGA